AUGAAUAAUCAUUUCUUUCUUUCUUUCUUCCUUUCUCAGUCUUUUUCUAUCUAUCUAUCUAUCUAUCUAUCUAUCUAUCUAUCUAUCUAUCUAAGUCUGUUAAUCUCUCGCUUUGUCUCUCUCUCACUAUCAGAUUUCUCUCUAUCUAUCUAUCUAUCUAUCUAUCUAUCUAUCUAUCUAUAUCAGUUUAUUCAGCAUCUAUCUAUCUCAGUUUAUUCAGCAUCUAUUUAUCUAUCUAUACCUAUCUCAGUCUAUCUAUCUAUCUAUCUAUCUAUCUAUCUAUCUAUCUAUCUAUCUAUCUAUCUAUCAGUCUGUAACUCUCUCUCUCUCCCUCUCUCUCUCUCUCACUCUCAGACUUCUCGUAUUUGCAUAUCUCAGUCUGUUCUAUCUAUCUACCUACUUCAUGUUCCGUCGCCUGAAUUACCCCUCCCUUGCUCGAAUCACCUUAUACUUUCUCUCAUGACCCCCUCUCUUAUUGUAACUGUUUUCUCUCCGUUUCUCUGUCUUAUCGUCAGUCUCUUUUUUUUUCUUUUUUAUAUACCCCCUCUCUCUAUUGACGAUUACUUGCACAUUUUCUUUCUCUUAUUCGUUUAUUUAUUUUUCUUUUCUUUCUUUGUCUCGCGAUACCAACUGCUUCGUCUUUAA